AUGUCCGACCUCCCAAUUCAGCAGACAAACGUACCUUUGGUUGGCGAUCAAGAUGCUGAAAAUUCAUCGACAGCAGGGGACAAGGGCCUCAAGCUGAUAGUCGUGGGCGACUCUAUAACCCAGGGCCACGAAGGGGACUGGACCUGGCGAUAUCGCAUUUGGCAGUGGUUUCGUGAACAGAAUGUCACCGUCACCUUUGUCGGACCCUAUACUGGCACCGUCCAGCCAGACAGGCCCAAGCCGCCAUCGCCUCCUCCCCUCUAUGGCUCCCCUAAGCCUAGACAGGGUGUCAAGGUAGAUGGCGGCUAUGCGCGUGGUGUAUCGGCGGAUUUUGACAGCCAUCACUUCGCCGUCUGGGGGCGAACCGCUGCGCUGGAUAAAGAUUUGAUAGAGGAUGUUUUGAUGGCCCAUCCGGCAGAUUUGAUGCUUUUGAUGCUAGGAUUCAAUGACCUGGGAUGGCUACAAAGUGAUGCCAUUGGAACGCUUAAAAGCAUUAAAACAUUGGUUGAUAACGCUCGCAGGGUUAAUCCCUUCCUCAAGCUUGCUAUUGCCAAUGUUCCUCAACGGUUGAUGAUCGGUGGGCGUGAAGACUUGCCCUGUUCCACUUGGGAAUACAACAACCUGCUUCGCUGUGCUAUACCACAGUGGAGUACGGCUGAUUCUCCUAUUCAUCUUGUUGAGGUCUGUGAGGAUUAUGGCUGUGGCCCUGAUGGAUGUCCUGCAGGCUAUGAUGGCCUUCAUCCAAAUGCGACUGGAGAAUAUGAAAUUGCACGCGCAUUCUCUCUCACCCUGGUUAGAGAUUUCAAUAUUGGUUCAGCCCCGCUGGUAAUACCCAGAAAUAUACCGAAGCGGUCCUUGCCUCGCCCAAAGAAUUUCAGAGUAGUCUCUAGCCCUGGGGGAGUCACCGCCUCCUGGGAUGCAAAGUUUCACACCAGCAGUGUCUCUUCGAAUCGAUGGGACGCUCAGUGGACACAGGAAGGAUGGGUCUAUGAGGUUCAAGUACGUGCAAGUGCAGGCAAUGCACUAAAAGGCCGCUGGACGGCUAUUAAAUCGGCCAAAUCAACACCCAAAACACCUCCUGGCCCCGAUAAUGUGAUAGUUAAUGCUACCACAACUGGAUUCGAUAUCUCAUGGGACUCUUGUCCUAGUGGCUUUAAUGUCACGGAAUAUGAAAUCCUGUACUGGGAUAAAGAUAAAAAACAUACUUUCAUCACUAGUGUAGGCUUCAAGGAAUCUCCAGCUCAUGUUGAUGAUCUUAUCCCGGGGCAUCAUUAUCAACUUGCCUUGGUUUCCUGGAACGAUGCUGGCGGAGGAUUUCCCAAGGGAGUCCGAAGUGUCACCGUCGGCCGAGGCACUCCUCCGAUACCUACUGACUUGAAAAUUACAGCUAAAGAUGCAACCUCUGCUCACCUUACCUGGACUGGUUCUCCGGCUGCUGCGGGUUAUCAACUCUGGUUCCGCAACGUAAAUGAGCCGGAUAGCGAGCUCUGCAAGGUCAAUGGCACGGAGAGCAAACCCUCCAGUGACCAAUAUUUCCUGGUACCAGGCGUUUGGAACUUUGAGUGGUGUGUUAGUGCUUUCAAUGGAAGUGCUGAAUCUGACAGAUGCGAAUGUGUGCUUGCUCCACGGCCAUCUGAUUCCAGUAUAUCAUCUAGCGACUACUCCGAGGACGAUACCAACCCGCGUGAUGACAAGGACAAAGACAAAGAUAUCAAUGGGAGUUUAACCCCUGAACAUAAACAUAUGCCUUGUAACUCUGACUCUCAGUGCGGAACGCCUCUCCAGGAAGAAGAUCAGGGCUGGGGAGUUCUAUGUGGCACUUGCGGCUAUAUUGAGAAUGAUGACAUUGACUGUCUCGGCUCUGGGGGUAGUAAACAACUCCAUGGCGAUAGGUGCUACAGAGCUGAGUGUAAAAAUGAUGACUGUACUAAUCCAGAGUGUUGGAUACACGUCUGUGAUAAUUCUCACGCCGAAAAAGAUAGCACUGCUACUAAGUGCGAUAAGUAA